CAAACAUAAAAGAGCAAAAACUAUUUAAUUAUUUAUAGAAGCGGAAGCAAUUUAUACACUAUAGAGAAAUAAAAUCGAUCAUAUUUUAUUUUAUACCUGCAAAUUGAAAAGAAAAAAUGGCUGAAAUGCUGAAAAAAAAUUAUGCUAUGACUCUGUUUCUUUUCUUAUUUUUUGUCGCAACGAAAGUUAUUGGUGAUGAUUUUAUUAUAUGUAAAUUUGAUGCUGAUUGUCCAAAAUCUUCCAACGAGUUUUUACUUAUUAAGUGCAUUGAUCAUAUAUGUCGAUAUGUUGGUAAUCUUCCCGAUUCUAUGUACCAGACACAAGAGAGUACAAAAAUUCCCUACGAAAGAGAAUGAGUUAUAUAAAUCUACAAUAUACCCUGUGAUAGUAUAUUAUGUGAUUUUAGUAAAAAAAAAAAAGUAUAUUAUGUGAUUGGAUCGGAGUACUAAAAUGUACUUGUCCUUUUGGAGUGGAUUAAAUAUCUCUUGUACUUUUUCCUCGUAAUCAUUUGGCUUAUUUUAUAUAUAUAUACAACUAAUUUGCAGAUUAAAAAAAAAUCUUACUCUAUA